CACCCAACUGACACGACAAACUCGUACCAUUUCGGUACACUAACUCAAGAGCAUACCUUCCAGAUGUUUGUCAAAAUUCCCAAGUGAAAGUUUUCCCGUAGAUACUUAAUCUGCAUGGUGCAGCGUGCUCAAUAAUGCGACAUGUUUUUAUCAAAGUGGAUGGCUAAUCAUCAAUCCACCAAUCGUUUCUUCAACAACAUUGAGAGUUGUAUUAGGUCUUUGAGAAAACAUGAGCCAUACCAAAAGAGUGUCUGCAAUGUGCUCAGCCGAUGCCAUUCACAAUGGUCAAACAAAGAGAAGUUAGGAAGUAAAGGUGUUGGAGUAGAGAGUGAAGCAUCAAAACCUAAAGGCAGACACACUGAUCUUGAGUCCAGCAAAAAGUGGACAUUUGAACCUGUUUGGCUUUCUAAAGCUAUAGAGUCUGCAUUUCAACUAUGGAAUGGAAUUGGAGACAAACCGCCACCCAUCAAUAUGUCUCUUACAGAGAUCUACGCUAGCAUUCAGCGGAGCAAGCUGGGUCUUCAAGACUGGAGUCUUAGUGAUCUUACCAUAGGCCUUUAUCUUAUAUAUCUCCAACAAGCAUCCACCAAGCCUCUCGAGGAUAUAAAGGGUGAACCGAUAUCUUCUGAACGAAUUGUCCAUGAUCUUAAGUACCACAGUGAACUAGCAAAGGGUGCAUACAGAGAUAGUACUGCUUGCCUGGCAAGGAACACUAUGCUUAGAGAAACUGAUAUUGUGAAAUUCAUAAAAGUCUCAAGCUUGUUAAGGCCAGGAUAUUACAUUGCAGUUGACAAGAGAAGAAGACUGGUCAUUCUGGGAAUUCGUGGAACAGAUACAAUUUAUGACAUCAUAACCGAUAUUGUUUCAUCAAGCAAUGAAGAAAUCACAUUGGAAGGCUACUCAACACAUUUUGGGAGUGCUGAGGCUGCUCGUUGGUUUCUUACUCAUGAGAUGGAAACUCUAAGGAAAUGCCUUCAGAAACACAAGGGGUUUAGGAUAAGGCUGGUCGGUCAUUCUCUUGGGGGUUCAAUAGCAUCCUUGUUGGCAAUAAUGCUCCAUAAAAAAUCACAGCAGGAGCUUGGAUUCGACCCUGAUAUUGUAACCGCAGUUGGAAUUGCAACCCCACCUUGCGUCUCCAGAGAUCUUGCUGAAAAGUGUCAUGAGUAUGUUGUAACCGUGGUUAUGCAGGAUGACAUUAUUCCGAGGCUAAGUGUUGCUUCUCUUACAAGGCUACGGAAUGAAAUUAUUCAAACAGACUGGGGGGAUGUGUUUGAAAAGGGAGACUGGAAAGGUGUGGUUGAUUUGUUCACAAAUGCAAGGCAGGUUGUCUCUUCCAUCCAUGAUGUUGCCCGGAAGCUGGCUGACUAUGCCAAGUCCAGAGGCCAAACAGGGCACUCUGGUGCUCUCCCGGAAAAGGAAGUCACAACCGCUUCAAGUGUGCCACCUGCCUCCAUGUCAGCAAGCAAUACCUCUUCACUUGUAAAGCAUGAAGAUGAACUAUUUGUACCCGGGAGCGUAUAUUAUUUAAAGAGGAAUAAUACCGAAAAGAGAAACAGUGAUCAUCAGUCUAUAGAGUUCUUCACGCUCUGGAAAAGAUACCCGGGGGAACAUUUCCAGAGGAUACUCCUCUCCAAUAAUAUUAUCUCGGACCACAAAUGUGAUAGCCAUAAUUACGCAUUGCGGGAUGUACUUAAAGGUAUCAUCCCUGCUGGUACUCCUGAUGAAGCCAUUUUCAGAUAGUUGGUAUUCGUUUAUGUCGAGAGAAAGACAUAAUGAGAGUGGUAAAUACAGUUAGAUCAUUUAUGUAUGAUGAAGUAAAGGAUGUGUUGUUGCAAAUACAGAGUUGUGUUUGUUUUUAUACUUAGGUUGCUUAAAAUUCUCACAAUUAAGUAGCCGCUAGAAUUGUACUUUAGUUAAUCAAAUGAAGUAAAGAAUGUGUUGUUGCAAAUACAGAUUUGUGUUUGGU